GCUGCGCAAGUGCACUUGCGUCUCACCGUUACCAUAGCGACUGGUCCUCCCGAUAGCAGAUCUUCGCUGCCUUGUAAACAUCUGAGCAACUGCAGCUCCGGAGGCCGGGAUCACUGGCGGGUAGGAAACUAUGUGAAAGAAUCUUCUGGUGUCAGAAUUUCUGGGUGUCACUGGAACAUUUGAUCAUCAUUCCUUUGGCAAUUCCAGCCUUCUCUGGAAGGUCAGUAGAAGCAAUUGAUUUAUUCACCUCUACAGGAAUCAGACUCGGCCUAUUUUGGUUUUCAGUGAAUUAUGCCUUUUCGGUUUGGGAUCCAGCCAAGGAGGUUUCCAAUGGAAGGGGGAGACCCUUCAGUUGGGCUGGAGCCUGGGCUGAGCUCCAAUGCUUCCUGUAACGGGAAAGAGAUGUUACCAAGCAGGCAACUCCGAAGAUGCCCUGGAAAUCAUUGCCUGACAAUAACUGAUGUUCCCAUCACUGUCUUUGCAACAAUGCGAAAGCCACCUGCACAAAGCAGCAAGGAAAUGCAUCCUAAAUAGCGUCAUUAAGUCUUUUGUAGAGGUUUGACUAAGUCAAGGGUAAUGGACCAGUAUCAUCUUAUGAUCUGGUAAGCAAAUAAAAGUGGUGGCACCUUU